AUGGGUGCCACCAAGAUCUUGCUGGGGUUAUUCUUCUUAAAUGCAGCACUCCUGGAUGCCACCUCAGGUGCUCACACUACAACCUAUCGUCCCAAUCCACAGUGGACAACUAGUACUCCAGAGACCACAACCACAAACGGAUAUGAAACCUCAACCAGUCCAGCAGGUGCCUCCCUGGCCCUGGUGAACGGCAGGAACCGGUGCGAGGGGCGUGUAGAGAUUUACUCCUCCGGGGGCUGGGGCACCGUCUGUGAUGACAGCUGGGACCUGAACGAUGCCCAGGUGGUGUGCAGGCAGCUGGACUGUGGCUUUGCUGUUUCUGCACCGUCCAACGCCUACUUUGGACAAGGCAGUGGCAAGAUCUACCUGGACGAUGUGCACUGCACUGGGAGCGAGUCCUCCCUCUUUCAGUGCCGGCACAAUGGCUGGGGCGUCCACAACUGUGGCCACGGAGAAGAUGCUGGUGUUGUGUGCUCAGGUAAUGCAAAAGGUGCCUCCCUGGCCCUGGUGAACGGCAGGAACCGGUGCGAGGGGCGUGUAGAGAUUUACUCCUCCGGGGGCUGGGGCACCGUCUGUGAUGACAGCUGGGACCUGAACGAUGCCCAGGUGGUGUGCAGGCAGCUGGACUGUGGCUUUGCUGUUUCUGCACCGUCCAACGCCUACUUUGGACAAGGCACUGGCAAGAUCUACCUGGACGAUGUGCACUGCACUGGGAGCGAGUCCUCCCUCUUUCAGUGCCGGCACAAUGGCUGGGGCGUCCACAACUGUGGCCACAGAGAAGAUGCUGGUGUUGUGUGCUCAGGUGCCUCCCUGGCCCUGGUGAACGGCAGGAACCGGUGCGAGGGGCGUGUAGAGAUUUACUCCUCCGGGGGCUGGGGCACCGUCUGUGAUGACAGCUGGGACCUGAACGAUGCCCAGGUGGUGUGCAGGCAGCUGGACUGUGGCUUUGCUGUUUCUGCACCGUCCAACGCCUACUUUGGACAAGGCAGUGGCAAGAUCUACCUGGACGAUGUGCACUGCACUGGGAGCGAGUCCUCCCUCUUUCAGUGCCGGCACAAUGGCUGGGGCGUCCACAACUGUGGCCACGGAGAAGAUGCUGGUGUUGUGUGCUCAGGUGCCUCCCUGGCCCUGGUGAACGGCAGGAACCGGUGCGAGGGGCGUGUAGAGAUUUACUCCUCCGGGGGCUGGGGCACCGUCUGUGAUGACAGCUGGGACCUGAACGAUGCCCAGGUGGUGUGCAGGCAGCUGGACUGUGGCUUUGCUGUUUCUGCACCAUCCAAUGCCUACUUUGGACAAGGCACUGGCAAGAUCUACCUGGACGAUGUGCACUGCACUGGGAGCGAGUCCUCCCUCUUUCAGUGCCGGCACAAUGGCUGGGGCGUCCACAACUGUGGCCACGGAGAAGAUGCUGGUGUUGUGUGCUCAGGUGCCUCCCUGGCCCUGGUGAACGGCAGGAACCGGUGCGAGGGGCGUGUAGAGAUUUACUCCUCCGGGGGCUGGGGCACCGUCUGUGAUGACAGCUGGGACCUGAACGAUGCCCAGGUGGUGUGCAGGCAGCUGGACUGUGGCUUUGCUGUUUCUGCACCAUCCAAUGCCUACUUUGGACAAGGCACUGGCAAGAUCUACCUGGACGAUGUGCACUGCACUGGGAGCGAGUCCUCCCUCUUUCAGUGCCGGCACAAUGGCUGGGGCGUCCACAACUGUGGCCACGGAGAAGAUGCUGGUGUUGUGUGCUCAGCUGCUCAGUCCUCAACCUCUCGUCCUCCUCCACUGUGGACAACUAGUACUCCAGAGACCACAACCACAAACGGAUAUGAAACCUCAACCAGUCCAGCAGAGACCACAACCACAAACGGAUAUGAAACCUCAACCAGUCCAGCAGGUGCCUCCCUGGCCCUGGUGAACGGCAGGAACCGGUGCGAGGGGCGUGUAGAGAUUUACUCCUCCGGGGGCUGGGGCACCGUCUGUGAUGACAGCUGGGACCUGAACGAUGCCCAGGUGGUGUGCAGGCAGCUGGACUGUGGCUUUGCUGUUUCUGCACCGUCCAACGCCUACUUUGGACAAGGCAGUGGCAAGAUCUACCUGGACGAUGUGCACUGCACUGGGAGCGAGUCCUCCCUCUUUCAGUGCCGGCACAAUGGCUGGGGCGUCCACAACUGUGGCCACAGAGAAGAUGCUGGUGUUGUGUGCUCAGAUUCUGGGCUUGUGUGCUCAGGUGCCUCCCUGGCCCUGGUGAACGGCAGGAACCGGUGCGAGGGGCGUGUAGAGAUUUACUCCUCCGGGGGCUGGGGCACCGUCUGUGAUGACAGCUGGGACCUGAACGAUGCCCAGGUGGUGUGCAGGCAGCUGGACUGUGGCUUUGCUGUUUCUGCACCGUCCAACGCCUACUUUGGACAAGGCAGUGGCAAGAUCUACCUGGACGAUGUGCACUGCACUGGGAGCGAGUCCUCCCUCUUUCAGUGCCGGCACAAUGGCUGGGGCGUCCACAACUGUGGCCACGGAGAAGAUGCUGGUGUUGUGUGCUCAGGUGCCUCCCUGGCCCUGGUGAACGGCAGGAACCGGUGCGAGGGGCGUGUAGAGAUUUACUCCUCCGGGGGCUGGGGCACCGUCUGUGAUGACAGCUGGGACCUGAACGAUGCCCAGGUGGUGUGCAGGCAGCUGGACUGUGGCUUUGCUGUUUCUGCACCGUCCAACGCCUACUUUGGACAAGGCAGUGGCAAGAUCUACCUGGACGAUGUGCACUGCACUGGGAGCGAGUCCUCCCUCUUUCAGUGCCGGCACAAUGGCUGGGGCGUCCACAACUGUGGCCACGGAGAAGAUGCUGGUGUUGUGUGCUCAGGUACCUCUGAAGGUGCCUCCCUGGCCCUGGUGAACGGCAGGAACCGGUGCGAGGGGCGUGUAGAGAUUUACUCCUCCGGGGGCUGGGGCACCAUCUGUGAUGACAGCUGGGACCUGAACGAUGCCCAGGUGGUGUGCAGGCAGCUGGACUGUGGCUUUGCUGUUUCUGCACCGUCCAACGCCUACUUUGGACAAGGCAGUGGCAAGAUCUACCUGGACGAUGUGCACUGCACUGGGAGCGAGUCCUCCCUCUUUCAGUGCCGGCACAAUGGCUGGGGCGUCCACAACUGUGGCCACAGAGAAGAUGCUGGUGUUGUGUGCUCAGGUGCCUCCCUGGCCCUGGUGAACGGCAGGAACCGGUGCGAGGGGCGUGUAGAGAUUUACUCCUCCGGGGGCUGGGGCACCGUCUGUGAUGACAGCUGGGACCUGAACGAUGCCCAGGUGGUGUGCAGGCAGCUGGACUGUGGCUUUGCUGUUUCUGCACCAUCCAACGCCUACUUUGGACAAGGCACUGGCAAGAUCUACCUGGACGAUGUGCACUGCACUGGGAGCGAGUCCUCCCUCUUUCAGUGCCGGCACAAUGGCUGGGGCGUCCACAACUGUGGCCACGGAGAAGAUGCUGGUGUUGUGUGCUCAGGUGCCUCCCUGGCCCUGGUGAACGGCAGGAACCGGUGCGAGGGGCGUGUAGAGAUUUACUCCUCCGGGGGCUGGGGCACCGUCUGUGAUGACAGCUGGGACCUGAACGAUGCCCAGGUGGUGUGCAGGCAGCUGGACUGUGGCUUUGCUGUUUCUGCACCAUCCAACGCCUACUUUGGACAAGGCACUGGCAAGAUCUACCUGGACGAUGUGCACUGCACUGGGAGCGAGUCCUCCCUCUUUCAGUGCCGGCACAAUGGCUGGGGCGUCCACAACUGUGGCCACAGAGAAGAUGCUGGUGUUGUGUGCUCAGGUCACUCCCAGCUUCUUUGUCUGACUCUGGUGAAUGGAAACAACCCAUGUGAAGGUCGUGUGGAGAUCUAUUACCGAGGACGGAUGGGGACAGUCUGUGAUGAUUACUGGGACAUUGAUGAUGCCAAGGUUGUGUGCAGGCAGCUGGGAUGUGGCCAGGCCAUUGCAGCUCUAAGAAGUGCUUACUUCGGGGCAGGCUCAGGUGACAUCUUGCUGGACAACGUGAUGUGCAGCGGAACUGAGGUCUCCUUGUUUCACUGCAAUCACACUGGGUGGAGGAUCCACAACUGUGGCCACCAUGAAGACGCUGGUGUUGUCUGUUCAGGCGCCCGCCUGCGGCUCUGGGGCGGCAGGAACGGCUGCGAGGGCCGCGUGGAGCUGUACGACGGCCGGAGCUGGGGGACGGUGUGCGACGACCAGUGGGAGCUGCAGGAUGCCCAGGUGGUGUGCCGGCAGCUGGGCUGCGGCCGGGCCCUGGCCGCCCCGGGCAACGCGCGCUUCGGCCUCGGCUCCGGCCGCAUCUUCCUGGACGACGUGCAGUGCCGCGGGGACGAGCCCUCCCUCCAGAUGUGCCGGCACCGGGGCUGGGGCGUGCACAACUGUGCCCAUCUGGAGGACGCUGGUGUCAUCUGUGCAGGUGGCCGUGUCCCUGUCGCAGGCGCCCGCCUGCGGCUCUGGGGCGGCAGGAACGGCUGCGAGGGCCGCGUGGAGCUGUACGACGGCCGGAGCUGGGGGACGGUGUGCGACGACCAGUGGGAGCUGCAGGAUGCCCAGGUGGUGUGCCGGCAGCUGGGCUGCGGCCGGGCCCUGGCCGCCCCGGGCAACGCGCGCUUCGGCCUCGGCUCCGGCCGCAUCUUCCUGGACGACGUGCAGUGCCGCGGGGACGAGCCCUCCCUCCAGAUGUGCCGGCACCAGGGCUGGGGCGUGCACAACUGUGCCCAUCUGGAGGACGCUGGUGUCAUCUGUGCAGGUGGGUGGCCAGCAGAGACCUCUGGCUCUCCCGUGGGGCUCUUGGCUCUCUCUGCCCAGCCCCCAUCACCUUAUGUUUGUGGUGGAUCAAUCUCAAAUUCCUCUGGGAUGCUGCAGAGUCCCUUCUACCCUGGAAGUUAUCCAAAUGACGCUGACUGUGUGUGGGAAAUACAAGUAGAGAGCAAUUUCCGUGUUAUGCUCACGUUUAGAGACAUUGUGAUGCAAAGUGACAGAUGCCAGCAUGACUACAUUGAAGUCUAUGAUGGGCCUCCACACUCUUCCCCACUUAUUGGGAGGCUUUGUUCUGGUUCCUUCCCCACAUACACAUCCUCUUCAAACAUGAUGACCGUUCGCUUCCACAGUGACUCUAGAUACACCUUCAGAGGGUUUCAGGCUCACUACUCCUCCAUCCCAGCAGAUCAAAACACUACCCUUCUGUGCUUGCCAGACUACAUGCACGCAGUGGUCAGCAGGGACUAUCUCCAGUCUCAAGGCUACUCGGCGCAGAUGGUGACGCUGAGCGACAGUCGCUGCCAACCAACGGUCACGUCAAGCGAGGUUAUAUUCAACAUUCCCUACAAUGGCUGUGGGACCAUACGAGAGGAGAACGAUGAUACAAUCAACUACUCCAACAUGAUCAAAAUCACAUCUUCUGGGCACAUAAUCAAGAGGAAAAAAGACAUUCACUUACAUAUCAGUUGCAAGAUGCUGCAGAACACAUGGAUGCAGCUCAUGUAUGUUGCUGAGGAUACCAUAGAUGUGAAUGAAAAUCAGUUUGGAAGAUAUGACAUGAAUAUCACUUUUUAUGACUCCUCAUCAUUCUCGCGGCAAGUGCACGACUCUCCAUACUACAUUGACUUGAACCAAAAUUUGUACCUUCAAGCUGGUCUUCAAAGCUCUGACCCAAACCUGGUCGUGUUUGUGGACACAUGUGUGGCAUCACCUGAUCCUCAAGAUUUUAACACUCUGGCCUAUGAUAUAAUCAAGAAUGGAUGUGUUCGAGACCCUUCCUACACCACUUACUCCUCCCCCAGCAGCCACUUUGCUCGGUUCAAGUUCAACGCCUUUGAGUUCAUGCGCCACCACCCACUGGUCUACCUGCGUUGCGAGCUGGCAGUGUGCAGGCUCCAGGACUUCUCCUCCCGAUGCUACAGGGGCUGUCUCACCAGGUCCAAGAGAGAUACAAGUUCUGCUGAGGAAAAAGUGAAGGUGGUAGUUGGACCACUUCAGCUUCGAGAAGGGGGUGCUCAGAGUAGCACUGCUGAACCCCCAGCUCUGACCGUGAGGCUGGCAGAAGGUGACAGCAGGUGCUCGGGCCGUGUCGAGCUCUUCUACAACGGGAGCUGGGGAACGGUCUGCGACGACGGCUGGCAGCUGGCGGGGGCCCAGGUGGUGUGCAGGAGGCUGGGCUGUGGAGAAGCUCUGGUGGCUGCGUCGGAAGCUUACUUUGGCCCUGGCUCUGGGAACAUCCUCCUGGAUGACGUGGAGUGCAGAGGGGAUGAAGACAGCCUGUGGGAGUGCUCCCACGGGGGAAUCGCUGUCCACAACUGCCAACACAAGGAGGACGCCAGUGUCAUUUGUGCAGACAUGUCCCUGAGGCUGGUGGACGGAGAAGCCGCGUGCUCAGGGCGCCUCGAGGUCUUCCACAACGGGAGCUGGGCAACUGUCUGUGAUGAUGGCUGGGACCUGAGGGCUGCCACGGUUGUGUGCAGGCAGCUGGGCUGUGGAGACGCCGUCUCAGCCAAAAUUGAUGCCUAUUUUGGAGAAGGCACAGGAGAUAUUCUCCUGGAUGACGUGAUGUGCAGCGGGGACGAGUCCUCGCUGGAGCAGUGCUCUCACAGGGAGCUGGGCGUGCACGACUGCUACCACAAGGAAGAUGCUGGUGUUAUCUGUGCAGGUACCCACCUUUUCCAUAUUGUUAUCUAA